ACAGCAUUGACCACUACAUGGAGCAGCAUUUCCGUGAGCAGCUGGCCAAGGGCAGCCAGCUGGCAGAGAGCCUUGCCAGCAAAUUCAGUACAGAUGACUGUAUGAGUAAGAAAAAUCAAACAGGACAGACGCUGCGGAACCUCAGUAUCUUAAGGGAGAUGCAUAAGAAGGGUAAAGUGCCGGAAGUCCUAGAGGCCAAGCAGGACGCGCGUCCCCAGACUCGGCCUCAGACCCGCUCCAGCAGCCACGCCCAGCCCGCUGCCCAUCGCCCCCCCAGCAGCACCUCCCGGCUGCUUGGUGAGCCGAAAGUGCGCCCUGCAAUGAAUGUGGCCAAUGUCAGCCCAGCCACUCCUGCUGAUUCAGCUUUAUUGCACAGCAACCAUUCAGAAGCCGUGUCUGCCCAGCCCUUCUCUCCUUUGAGUGGCGCCACACAGCUGAGUGGGACACCAGAUCCUGGGAGUCAUGGCAGCAGUGGCCCAUGGGAUGAGAUGAGGCCUCAGAAGAUGAAUGCAUCUGGGAACCUGUCCUCCUUCUCCUCUCUGUACCGGCCUGACUCUAAGCCCUCUGGGGCCGCGCUGCUGGAAAAGAAUCUGGUUGAGAUCCAGAACCUGCGCCAGCGCCUGGAGGAGUCCGUAUUCGUCAAUGACCGCCUGCGAGAGAGGCUGGAACACGUGCUCAGCAAUGCUGACCAAGGAAAGGGUAGGAAAGGCACCAAAACCUCCUGGUUCUGUCCACAUCUAGGGAGUCCCACAAGGGCGUAGAGGUUUGCAAUUAUAAAGCACAUUGGUGUGCACUACUUCACCUUUCCUCACAAUCAGCCCAGAGAGGGAAGCAGGGCAGGCACUAUU